AUGGAAAAAGACGGGAGUUCAAUUUCUUCUCAGGAAGGGUUUCGCGCUGAGGGCGAGUCGGGUGAGUGGCCGGAGGGGUAUGCAGGCGAGUCGGUAGUGAAGGAGGAGUAUUACCGGUUGCAAGACGGCCGGAAGAUACCGAUUGACCCGUUGAAUCCGGAGGGUGCAAAGGCUUUGCUACCCGGGCAGAUCAUUAGCGAGUUUACUGUACCUGAAGAAGCGGCCGUGGAGAUGCCCGGAGAAGGCUCCUUCGAGUCCUCCGAGCCGCAACUCGCAGACCCCCAAGACUUUAACCGCAGCCUCAAAGGCAGGCUACUUAAAGGACAACUUCCCCCGUCCGGCGGCCUCGCCUUCAUGGACCCUUCCGGAAUCAUGAAUCCCGGCGCCUCCAUUCCCGCCACCGCCCCAUUACAGUCCCACAAGUCUUUCGGCAAAAUGCCUAAAUUACCACCCGGUGCCUACCACAGGCGCAACGGACUGUUUGGCGGCCUCUGCUAA